AUGUCGGUCGAAAAAGUUGUCGACACAGCCCCCGUCACGGGCGAAAAGGGCGUGGCAAAGGACGGUGCCUUUGCCGAGGAGCAGGCCCCUUCUAUUCGAAAUGAGGGCCUCGUGGGAACCGGACAGGAGUAUGAGAAGGAGGACUUUUUGACACGUACUGGUUUGAACGCCAGGUCUUUUCAGAGGAAGCACUACGGCCCCGGCCUUGUCGAGCUUGAUCGAAAGAUGAAGCCGAGACAUCUGCAGAUGGUUGCUAUUGGAGGAUCUAUUGGAGCUGGUUUCUUUGUUGGAUCUGGAUCUGCUCUGGCUAAGGGUGGACCUGGAACAUUAUUCCUCGAUUUCUUGCUCAUCGGAAUCAUGGUUUUCAACGUUGUCUACGCCCUUGGUGAGCUCGCCGUCAUGUACCCCGUAUCAGGCGGUUUCUACACCUACGCAACACGCUUCAUCGAGCCCUCAUUCGGUUUCGCCAUGGCCUGGAACUACGUUCUCCAGUGGGCUGCCUCCCUCCCCCUCGAGCUUACCGUCUGCGCCAUCACGAUCCAAUACUGGGCCCCCGAUGUUUCCCCCGGCGUGUGGAUUGCAGUCUUCCUCGGCGCCAUCAUCAUCCUCAACGUCUUCGGCACCCUUGGAUACGCUGAGGAGGAAUUUUGGGCUGCAUGCUUCAAGCUCACAUCAGUCUGCAUUUUCAUGAUUGUCGCUCUUGUGCUUGUUUGUGGUGGAGGACCUUCCAGUGGACGAUACGACACAUACUCUGGCUUCAAGCUCUGGCAGGACCCAGGCGCCUUCAAGAACGGCUUCAAGGGAUUCUGUUCCGUCUUUGUCACUGCCGCCUUCUCCUUUGCCGGCACUGAACUGAUCGGUUUGGCCGCGGCUGAGGCUCGCAACCCCACCGAGUCGGUGCCCAAGGCCGUCAAGCAGGUGUUCUGGCGAAUCUGCCUCUUCUACAUCGUUGCUCUUUUCUUCAUCGGUCUCCUGAUCGACUGCAACGAUGAGUCUCUGCUCUCGUCUAGCUCCUACUCCAGCACCAAGGCUUCGCCAUUCGUCCUCGUCGGCAAGUACUCUGGUCUCAAGGGCUUCGACCACUACAUGAACGCCGUCAUCCUAUCGGCUGUUCUGUCUCUCGGUAUUGCUUCAGUUUAUGGAGGUUCUCGCACUCUUCUUGCUCUUGCGCAACAGGGAUAUGCGCCUAACAUCUUUACCUGGAUUGAUCGGGCUGGCCGCCCUCUCCCCUCGGUUAUUUUCAUCAUUCUCUUUGGUCUCCUGGCUUUCCUCAACCUGGAUGCCGCUGGCCCCGUCAUUUUUGACUGGCUGUUGGCCUUGUCUGGUCUAUCUAUGCUUGUCACUUGGGCUUCUAUCUGUGUUGCCCACAUCCGGUUCCGAGCUGCGUGGAAGCACAACGGCCGCAGCCUUGAUGAGAUCCCUUUCAAGGCUAUUGGUGGUGUUUAUGGUUCAUGGUUUGGUCUGAUUUUCGUCAUCAUUGUCAUGAUGGCUCAGUUCUACACUGCUAUAGUUGCUCCCCCUGGAGAGUCAGGAAUGGGCACAGUUGAGGGCUUCUUCAAGCAGUAUCUUUCCUUCCCUAUUGUGCUGCUCUUCUGGGCUGGGGGAUGGCUCUGGAAGCGAACAAAGUGGAUCAAGAUCGAGGAGAUCGAUAUUGACACGGGUCGACGUGAGCACGACUGGGAGGCUAUCCGUGCCUAUCGCGCUGAGCUGGCCAGCUUCCCUGCUUGGAAGCGCCUGUUUUAUACCAUGUUUUAA